GAUGAACUGAAAAUGGUAUGGACCUGCACAAAGGGGAGGUGGAGACUGGAUGUGCCCACUGCACACUUACCAGACAGAAGGGCAGAGGCUCCCCGUGCGAGCGGGUACAAAGGGAACUGCCUUCGUUCCAGCCAUUGUGAAGAAGCCAUUAGCUUGGCUCCCAAAGCGAGGAGCUACUAACCAUUGAACCAGAUUUAGGAGAGAAAAUUUGACUGAACAUCUAUUUCAGCACACUAACACGGUUCACGAGCUUGCAUGACUACCAGAUAUCCUUAAUGAUUGGGAUUCGCUUCUGAAUUAUAUAGGAAAAUAGAUUGCGACCAUCCCUACACCCACCCGGUCCAGGCCCGCCCCAUGCCACCACCGCUGCCGUUCACGGCCGCGGCGGCGGCGGUGCAGCAGCUGGAGUCCCUCCUCCCGCGCGUGGCCACGCUCUCCCACCACGAGCAGUUCCACGCGCGCCUCCUCACCUCGGGCCUCCUCGGCUCCCACCCGCCCCUCCGCGCGCGCUUCCUCGACCGCCUCGCGCUCUCACCGCACGCCGCGGCGCUGUCCCACGCGCUCCGCCUCCUCCGCUUGCUCCCCAGCCCCACCACCAACGACCUCAACGCCGCGCUCCGGGGCCUCGCGGCCUCCCCUCAGCCCGCGCGCUGCCUCCUCCUCCUCGCCGGCCGCCUCCCCCCCGCGCCCGCGGGCGCGCCGCCGCGACCCCGCCUCGACGCGCUCUCCCUCUCCUUCGCGCUCAAGGCCACCGCCCGGUGCUCCGACGCGUUCGCCACGCUCCAGCUCCACGCGAUCCUCGUCCGCCUCGGCGUGGCCGCCGACGUCCGCCUGAUGACCACGCUGCUCGACUCGUACGCCAAGUGCGGCGACCUCCCGUCUGCGCGGAAGGUGUUCGAUGAGAUGCCCGUUCGGGACGUGGCCACAUGGAACGCGCUGCUUGCAGGGUUGGCGCAGGGGACGGAGCCGGACCUUGCGUUGGUGCUGUUCCGCAGGCUGGCAGGGAGCUACCGGGAAUUGCUGCCAAGGGAGGAGCCAAAUGAGGUGACCGUUGUCGCCACGCUUUCUGCAUGUGCACAGCUUGGAGCAUUACAGGACGGAUUGGGUGUGCACGAUUUUGCUCGUAAAAUAGGCACUGCAAACAACGUUCGUGUCUGCAACGCGCUUAUUGACAUGUACUCCAAGUGUGGCUCAUUGAGCCGGGCUCUCGAAGUGUUCCAUUCCAUGAAGCUAGAAGACCGAACACUUGUGUCCUACAAUGCUACAAUUCAGGCGCUUUCCACCCAUGGGCACGGAGCAGAUGCAUUGAAGUUGUUUGAUGAAAUGUCAGCAUGGAUUGAGCCAGAUGAAGUAACUUACCUUGCUGUUUUGGGUGGGUGCAACCAUGCUGGGCUUGUUAAUGAUGGGCGCAGGGUUUUCGAUUCCAUGCGGGUUCCUCCCAAUAUGAAACACUAUGGCACCGUUGUGGACCUUCUUGGCCGUGCAGGCCACCUUGAUGAGGCACAUGACAUGAUUAUGCAUAUGCCAUUUCCAGCAGAUAUUGUCCUCUGGCAAACAAUGCUCGGUGCGGCCAAGAUGCAUGGAAAUGUGGAGCUAGCGGAAUCGGCUGCCACAAAGCUUGCUGAGCUUGGUUCUAAUGUUGAUGGUGACUACGUGCUCCUCUCCAAUGUGUACGCAUCCAAGGCUCGGUGGGCGGAUGUUGGUCGAGUUCGUGACACCAUGAGAAGCAAUGAUGUGAGGAAAGUCCCUGGCUUCAGCUACACACAAAUAGAUGGUGUAAUGCAUAAAUUUAUUAAUGGUGACAAAGAGCACGAUAGGUGGAGGGAUAUAUACAGAGCACUAGAUGACAUUGUGUCAAGAAUUAGUGAGCUGGGAUAUGAGCCAGAAACAAGCAAUGUGCUACAUGACAUUGGGGAGGAGGAGAAGCAGUAUGCUUUGUGCUACCACAGUGAAAAGCUGGCUAUUGCAUUCGGAUUAAUUUCUACACCACCUGGGGAGACUAUUCGAGUGAUAAAAAAUCUCCGAAUAUGUGGAGACUGUCAUGUGGUGGCAAAACUUAUCUCUAAAGCUUAUGGCCGGGUGAUAAUCAUCCGGGACAGGGCCAGAUUCCACAAGUUUGAAGAUGGACAGUGUUCCUGUAGAGAUUACUGGUAAAAUGCUGGCACACUUGUCAUGAGCAGGACUACUACACAUGGCAUGAGAUCUUGGAUACGGGAUCAUGUGAGGUGACUCCUUUUCUAGUGUGAAAUGUGGAUAAAAUUGGAUAACGUGGGAACUUGACUACCAUUUGUCAGCUUAGGUUACCACAUCAACAGGUUCUCAGAAGAUGCAAGGCUAUCUACUUACAUUUGCACGAUGAGCUCUUGGGUAUGCCUAUUUGAGGAGCAUCUUGGAAGCAGAAGGAAAAUUUGUGCACUGUGCAAGCUUGGAAUUUAAGUUGCUCAACCACUGCUAUCUACCAAUAUUCACUGUCCUACAUGGUUUGUGACAACACAACACUUUUGGUAUUUCUCAUUUGCACCUAUGUCUAAGAGGCGAAGUGGACUAUAGCUUGUUACUAGCAUUACUCAAGUAUGGAACUAUGAAGAAUUUUGAGCUUCAACUGUCUGAAAUUUGGGGCUGAGAAAAAUAUGCAUCUUUGAUAGUUGGUAGUCUUCAAGGAAGACUUAGUCUUUAAGCCUAUGGUACUAACUGGAAUUGAAUCCACUUGAUUCUGCUAGGUAAUGCAUCUGUCACAAAAUUCUUCAAAAGCUUCAUUCUUGUUCACUUAAAUUAGCGGUGGAGGGGAGGGGUGGGGACAACACCCCCAGCCUGACAAAUUUUCUUACCAAACGUAUUGGCAGUAGCAGGAGUGGCUUAGCGGUGAGCAGUUCCUCAUCGGCUGCAAGCGGCAGCAGUCGCCGUCCUCACUAGGCGGGAUCGCUUCCGCAAUGAGUUCCUUCGCCGUGUCAUGCUGUGGGACAAGACCGGCUUCUCGUGGAACAGCUUCCCGUACUACGUCGACCAGAAUGCGAGGCAGCUGCUGAGCGAGUGCAUGGCGUCGCACCUACAGCACAAGGAUGUAGCUCUGGAGUACGGUUCCGGGCUGCAGUCCUCCAGUGGGAGGAUACUGCUCUAGAGCUUGCCAGGGACUGAACUUUACCGAGAGAGAUUUGUGAGGGCACUUACCAGUGAGUUGCGUGCGUCAUUAUUGGUUCUGGACAGCAGUGUUCUAGCUCCAUAUUGGUGAGACUGUUCAGAGAGUGAGGAAGAGGAUAAUCAUGCAGAGUCAGAGGAUGAAGGUUCCGAAUCAGAGGUGGAUGGCGAAGGUGAUGAGGAAUCUGGUCAAAGCGAUGAUGACGAUUCUAUUAAAUCCGUGGCAGACCUAAAGAUGC